AUGGGAUGCUCCCCCUACUUCGCUGUCACCAGCUCCCAUCCCCUCAUUCCACUCGACAUCAUCGAAGCGACUUACUUGCAGCCCCCUCCAACGUCAAUUCUCUCCAGUGAAGACCUUAUUGUCCGACGGGCGAUAGCCUUGCAGAAACGUGACGCACAAGUUGAACGACUCCAUUCUCGCGUCCUCCAGCACCGCAUCGAGGCAGCAAGGCGCUUUGAACGUGAUCAUGCUGCCACCAUCCGUGACUUUAAUUUCAAGCGAGGCGAUUUGGUCCUGGUUCGUAAUACGAAGAUAGAAAAAUCCCUCAACCGUAAAAUGCGGCCCAGGUACCUCGGACCACUUAUUACAGUGUCCAGGAACCGUGGCGGAGCUUAUAUCCUUGCUGAACUUGAUGGUACGCUCUUCGAUCGACCCUUUGCCGCGUUCCGCGUCAUUCCCUACCUCGCAAGA